GUUUGUCACAUCUGUUCCUUGUGUAAUCUGAGUGGGGAAAAGUCGUGUCCUGCUCAAACAAAAGUGUUAAAUGACACUUUUUCAUUUCGUGCCGUUUUAUCUCAGUUUAUUGGUUCGUUGAAAGAGUUAGCUGAGCCCGCUGUUAGCUCGCUGCUUUAGCCUUAGCUUCCACACCUGCCCCUGCUGCUGCUGCUGUGGAGUGUGACAGGUCUCAAAGAUGGCGUCCUGGAUGUUCCGUGUCUGUGUGGUGCUUCUGUCCAUCCUCCUCAGCAGCUCCAAAGCCAAAAGAAACACUGUGGUUUACUGCUCCGCGUGCAGAGCGAUCGUGGAUGAGAUGAGUUUCUCUAUCAGUCAGAUCGACCCAAAGAAAACUGUCAACGUGGGCAGCUUCAGACUCAGCCCCGACGGCACCAUUAAGGACAAGAAGGUCCCUCUGGCUCGCUCGGAGGUCCACCUGUCUGAGCUGUUGGAUGGAGUUUGUGAUAGAAUGAACGACUACGCUCUGUAUGAAGAUCCAGAGACACAGGAGAAGCGAUAUCGACGCUUCGCCCCCAGAGCAGACCAGGACAUGAGCGACCUGCCCGACUUCAAGAACUUUAAAUUUGAGGGACCAGAGGCCAACGCACUCAAGUUUGCUUGUGAGACGAUCCGAGAGGAGCUGGAGGAUGACAUCAUCGCAUUGCUGCAGAAAGACUCAGGCAGAGUCCAACAGGAACUCUGCAGCAACAUCUCAGAUUACUGUAGAGACAGCGUCCAUGCAAACGAGGAGCUCUGAUUUUGGACAUUUUUGAUGUGAAAAACAGAACUGUGGCCUUAGAAACAUUUUAUAGAACAACGAUUGUUUAAAUAAAUGAACA